CACAUCCACAGACAGCGACAUUGCGCCGGUGGUUACGCGGGUCAAAGAGAGCCAGCCCACUUCAGAGCUGUAUUUAAGAGCCCCCAUAACACAGAGCAGUGAAGUUUCAGACACACUUAUUCAUACAGCAGUCAGUGUGUGAUCUAUAUCUCCAUCUGUAUCUCCUCUCUGCCUGUAGAGUCUCAUCUGAAGCUAUGAACACUGCGAUCUGUGUAUGCGUGCUGCUGGUUGCUCUAUCCACCGGCAGUUGCCUUGUGCUCCCCAUACACACACAGGACGAGGAUCAGUCUUUAGCAGAACACACACGCCACACCCGUGCAGCGCCCCUUGGUGGACAACUCGGUCUGCUGUCUAAAACAAAUGAGGGUGAAGAAGACCCCCGUAGCAGCCUGUCUGAACUACUGGCCAGAAUUAUAUCAGCCAAAGGUUCAUACCGCAGAAGUCCCUCACUCAAAAGCAGGACUUCUGGCACUUCACACAGGAUAAAGGACAGAGAUUACCUGGGCUGGAUGGACUUUGGCCGACGGAGCGCAGAGGAGUACGAAUACUCCUCAUAAGACCCAACCUGACACAUCCAGUAACCAACAUCUGUACAGAGACAUCCAUUUAAAAAUCUCACCUGUCCAGAGCUCUACAAUCACUUCAGUCUGAUGUAAAUUUGUUUGUAUAAUGAAGAUGAUGCAAUAUAUGAAUAUAUGUGUCCAUCUAUACACAUUUAUUUUGAAGAAAGAAACGAGUGAGAAUGUAGUCUCUAUUGCUUUAUUCCCAUAAUUCAUGUAAAUAUGGUUUUGUCAUCAUUUUAGACAUCUCACCCGUGUUGAAGAAUAAAUCACUGCCUUAACUCACUCAACCAAA